CAGUGGUUCAGCGGACCGGAAGCAGUAGAAGAAGACGGUGGCGCACUUCCUGUCAAUGUUGGCGUGUGUGGAUCGUUUGAAGCUGAAGUUUGUUGGUUCUUGCUAAAGAUUCACAUUCAAACAAAGAACAGAAAUGGCGAGAAAUGCUGAGAAGGCCAUGACGGCUCUGGCUCGAUUCAGACAGGCUCAGCUGGAGGAGGGAAAAGUCAGGGAGAGGAGACCUUUUCUGGCGUCAGAGUGCAGUGAACUUCCGAAAGCUGAGAAAUGGAGACGACAGAUCAUCAGUGAGAUCUCAAAGAAAGUGGCUCAGAUUCAGAACGCUGGUCUGGGCGAGUUCAGGAUUCGGGAUCUGAAUGAUGAGAUCAAUAAGCUGCUGAGAGAGAAAGGUCACUGGGAAGUCCGGAUUAAAGAGCUGGGAGGACCCGACUAUGCGCGCUUCGGACCAAGGAUGCUGGACCACGAGGGGAAGGAGGUUCCAGGAAACAGAGGGUAUAAAUACUUUGGAGCAGCCAGAGACCUGCCCGGAGUCAGAGAGCUGUUCGAGAAGGAGCCUGCCCCGGCACUGAGAAGGACGAGGGCGGAGCUAAUGAAGGAAGUGGACGCAGAGUACUACGGGUACAGAGACGAGGACGAUGGCGUCCUCCUCCCUCUGGAGGCACAGCACGAGAAACAAGUUGUUGUGGAGGCGGUGCAGAAGUGGAAAACGGAGAAAGAGUCUCGUCUGGCCGGAGAGAAACUUCCCGAGGAGGAAGAGGAGGAGGAGAACAUCUAUACCAUCCAUAAGGAUGAGCCCGAUGAUGACGACAGGUGGGAGGAGCCAGAGGGAGAGGAGGGAGGAGUAGCCUUCAUCGCACAUGUACCUGUUCCCUCACAGAAAGAGGUGGAGGAGGCGCUUGUCAGGAGGAAGAAGAUGGAGUUAUUGCAGCGUUACGCCAGCGAGACUCUUCAGGCUCAGAGUCAAGAGGCCAGAACCCUGCUGGGACUCUAACCCGUCUUUCUGUCAUAUCUCUCCCCCCCCCCCCCCACCUAUCUGUAUGUUGAUGUAAAUAUCUUUACCUAUUAAAUGUUUUUUCACAUCAGUUUGUCCUCGUUGUUUUGCUGUUUGAAUUUCAAGGUUUAAUAAUAAACGAACUGUUUUUAUAUCAAA